AAGGUUUGUAGAUUACGGACCUGCUUGUGAUUUUUCCACACAAUGAGAAUAGAAAUGGUUGAAGCAAUGAAGAAGGUGGCUUCGUUGGACGUAGAGCUCACCGUCGAAGAAAGGAACCUUCUCUCAGUGGCAUACAAAAAUGUCAUUGGAGCAAGGAGAGCUUCCUGGAGAAUAAUCUCGAGUAUCGAACAGAAGGAGGAGAACAAGGGAGCCGAGGGAAAACUAGAAAUGAUUCGUCAGUACCGAUCUCAAGUCGAAAAGGAGCUCAGGGAUAUUUGCGCCGACAUCCUCGGCGUCUUGGAUAAGCAUUUGAUACCGUGUGCCUCCACGGGAGAAUCCAAAGUCUUCUAUUAUAAAAUGAAGGGCGAUUAUCAUCGUUACUUGGCGGAAUUCGCCAUCGGUAACGAUAGGAAGGAAGCGGCGGAGAAUUCUCUAGUAGCGUACAAAGCAGCGAGCGAUAUCGCCAUGACGGAACUGCCGCCGACCCAUCCCAUUCGUUUGGGAUUAGCGCUCAACUUCUCCGUGUUCUACUAUGAGAUUCUCAAUAGUCCUGACAGAGCGUGCCGCUUAGCGAAGGCGGCCUUCGACGACGCGAUCGCCGAAUUGGAUACACUAUCCGAGGAAAGCUACAAAGAUUCCACCCUUAUAAUGCAGCUCCUCAGGGACAACCUCACUCUAUGGACAUCGGAUAUGCAGGGAGAUGAAUCCGAGCCUGAUCAACAAGGCGAUAGUGCUGUCGAUACCCACGAUGCCUGAACGUAAAUACACCCUUUUCCUAACAUCCCCGCAGCCCGUCUAUUCGGUGAAGCCGAACAAAAGGAGCAACUGCAAGAUGUGGAAGAUCAGGACGUAUCGUAACUCUAGCUGUAGUGAGUGUUAUCUUACGCAUAUAAAACUGAGACACAAGAAAAAACUCUUAAUAACUCGUAAGCAAAAGAAAAAUAAACCAAUUCAGCAGAUGGCAGUUCGGGGUGGGAAGGGGAGAGAUCUUUAGAAAUUUGCGUGACCCUUAAAAGUACGUACGCGCCGUUAUUUUAAGACAGAGCGGCAGCAGUGACAACAACAUAGCGAUAACAAAAUUAAUUAAUAACAUAAAUCAUUUGAUUGCAUUAUUACGUACACAUAUUAUAAUACACGAUUGAAUUUUGGAGCACGCAGAAGCAAAAGAACACGCACUCUGCGAUAAAUAGAGACUGCAAAGCAUUUUGAAGAAAGGAGAGGCACUUUUUAAGUUGCCCCGUUUUUGCGUAUCGAGAGGAAAGGUUGCCGUAUAUUUGCGUUUUGCAUGCCAUCCGUUUAAAAUUGACGAUGCCGACGACUUAAACGCCGUUUCUGUUUAGUCUCAGGCAGUUCGGAUUACACCAAUUUCGUCUGGGAUUAAAUCCCAUCUCAGUGAGUGAAAACGAAUUAUAUGUAUCGUACAUAUUUUGAAAUAGCGGAAGAAAAAAAAGAAAAAGCACCAAUUGAUCUACUGAGACACAUUUGUGUGUUUGUCUGUCCUUACUCCGCCAACUCUUUUUCCCAUCUCUUCAAAAAUCUUCUCCUUUUUCCGUCCCGUUACUCCGAACCUUGCUUUUUUACUGCGCGCACGAUCGUCUCGCGUAUACUAUAAUUGCUACGAUGUUAACGUAUGCGUGUGAAUCGAUUUAUUUAGAGAUAAACACGCGCUCGUAUUUUUUUCUUUCUCUCUCUUUACGGAAAUAACGGCGGCGUCCUCACAUUGCCAAUUGUUAAGACGGACCUCGCUUUCGAGCUUGUAACUCUGUGUAAUAAGAUAUGUACUUCUGACAAAAGAUCCGAGUGUAAUAUUAUAGAUAGCUGAGAAAAAAAAACUGAAAUUCAUGGAUUUUUGGCAUAGCCGAGCUGAGGAGACGAGAAUAUGCUUACUUCGAUUGUCCUCCUCCUGCCCCCAAACCCCCCUUCCCUCUCCGUCUGUAUCUUGUCAAAUGCAAUAAUAUCGUUCGCCUGAUUGUGAGCUUUUGUAAAGAGACCGUCGCGAAGAGCUUAAUAAUGUGAAUGAAAAGCAAAAGCGUUAUCGUCGAAAUUCUUUUUUCGAUUUCGUUCGUCUCUACGCAUCUUUCCGAAGCGAGCGUCUCAUCGCGUCAGCUCGACAUCGUGCAGCGUCGUUGAUUGACUAAAAAAAGUGAAAGAGAAACAGGAAGAAGGGAAAAAAAAAAAUGAAAAGAUUACGUUAGUGAGCCUUUUUUAGCGUUAUUACGUUACUCACACAGCAAACAAGCAACUAUCUAGCUAGUCUGUAAUGUGGUUGUACGUUUUCAUACGCCCGUUGUGUAAACUAAAUAUCGAUUGCUGUGGUAUAAGAACAGAAUAAAUGACUGUACCCCGA